CUCAACUUCCGCCCUGCCCAAACCGUGAUAAGUUUGUGUUGUUUGGACCAUUUCUCCGAAAAAGACACUCCAAAGGUUGUGUUCGAGUGCGCCAAGAAAUUCUAAAAAGAACUUCACGUUUCAACGUAACAUGACGCUGAAAUAAUGGCCUGCUCGUACAACACAAGUUGACUCUUCUGAAGAUAUUGUGUGGUUGUAACAAAAUGGCGAGUUUAGCUGAUGUGUAUAAGGAUAAGGAAAGGACAAACUGGCUGAAGGCGUGGCUAGCAAUAGACAUUGCAAAGUCUGGCUUGGAACACUUAGCUGACAACGAGGCUCAGAAUUUUCACCGGCUAAUUUACAGUCAUGUAGGAUCUUCUUGCACCAGCUGUACCACAGCAAAUGUACAGCAUAAAAAACCAUGUCCAAGAAAGAUUUGUGAUCAAGUUUGUCAGAAAAUUAUCAAGGAACAUAGGUAUAAUAGUUUGUCUUGGAAGAAUACAUCUGCGCAAUUGUGGCAAACAAACUAUUGGGAAAUAGCAAAAUGUUAUUUCCCACCAGAUGGAUAUGCUGCCACAAGUUCAAUUCGAGAUACAGACUUCAACGGAGUCAUCAGUUUUAUGCUAAACUGUAAACGCUUUGAUAGCAGUAUGUCUUUUCCAAUUACAACGGGAAAGCCCACAACUCACACGUCUGCGUGUCUCCUGUAUAAGGCUCGUGAAAUUGGGAAAGCUGUGCGUCACUCUACCGUAAUGAAGGUAACAGACGUGGAGCUCCUAGACUACUUCACAACAUUGUCCGACCUGCUGAAUGAUUCAUGCUAUCUAAUUGGAGAUAGCGAUGCCCAAAAAGCUGUUAAGAAAUUAGAAGAGUUGAAAAAAGAUACCUUACUAUUGACUACAGCCGAGAUGAUUUGUUUACUGGAGGCUGUUGACGCAACUUUGAAGAAGCGCUUGAAAGAUGUUGUCGACACAUCACUGAAUGAGCUCAGAGAUAACACAGCAUUGUGUAUUGAUGAAAUUAAAGACUAUAUAGAUACAUGGAAGCAGAGCACUGAAACUUCCUACAAAAAGUCCUGUGAAAAAAUUCAGGCGUGGUUAAUCGAACAGUACCGGGCAAUGUGUGUUGUGCCGGUGUCCAUGCUGGAUCCUGACAUAGAUGUACCUUUGGAACGGAUCUACGUUCCCCCGUCCAUCAAGGCACUUAAGAGAGGCCAGGGCGACAUACAUGGCGGGAGUGAGAUGGACAAGUCUUUAACGAUGGAAUCAAAAGUGAAUUGCUACAAAGAGUUGCUGCAUCGUGACGGGAAUCCUGUUAAUACAAUUUAUAUCCAAGGUGAUCCAGGUUGUGGUAAAACUACGUUUUCCACAAAACUGGUUCUUGAUUGGUGUAAUGCCCAUUCGGAAAAUUGUACCAAUUCUGAGAAAGAAAUCGCGAUAAAGGCCAGUACCAAUGAGGAGACUUCACAACUAGUCCCAUUCAGUGAUCUGGGCACUUUGCGAGAUUAUGCAUUUCUGUUUUUUGUGUCUUUACGUGAUUACAGCGGAUCCAUGUGUAACGUCAGUCAGAUGAUCGAAGAUGCCAUAAAAAGCAACAAACUAGCUUGGGAUGACAGUGUCUGGGAACAUAAAUGCAUCGUUCUUACAGACGCCGCAGACGAAUGGUACCACCCCGAUUUAUCCUUUCCUCCGCCACAGGACUGUGCUUGCAGGUGCGGUAAAGACCGGAGUAUGCCGCUGUACCUACAGCGAAAAAACAUUACCAACAUUAUAACCGCACGACCAUGGAAAUUUGCCAAUCGCAGAAUGAGCGAUAGCUUAACACGUAUGUUCCAAAUUUCCGGCGUUGCGAAGUACCAAACCUUGGCGAGAAAUGUCAUUAAUGUUUUAGCUGAGAAAGAUGGUAUUUCGCAAAAGGCUCAACAAAGCAAAUGUAAUGAUUUCUUGGAGAAACUAAAGAACAAAAACGUGAUAAAUCUUAUGACAAUACCAGCUAUUUGUGUGCAACUCGUUCAUCAGUUUUACGUUGGACGUUUAAUGGAAGAUUCACUAUGUGCUAUAUACAUGAAUAUGCUUGAUAUGCACAUAGCCAAAGGAUUGCAAAAACUGCAAAUUAAAGAUUUUGACACUGAAGAAAUUUGCGUUAAAGAAAUAGAACACAUAUUUGGAACCGGAAAAAACAAGUAUAUGUCGGCUAAUGGGUCGCUGGUUCGUUCUGCAAGUGCGCUUGCGUUUAAAACACUAACAGACUCUAGUAAAGAGUCGUCACUAGUCUUUGCGAAAAACACAAUCACAAACCACAUGACGAAAACACAACUUAAAUACUUACUUCAGACAGGGGUUAUCACAAAGAAAAAAUCGUUGGCGCUUAGCCCGCAAAAGAAUAUUCCAUACAUGUUUGUACACAAAACUAUUCAGGAGUUUCUAGCAUCGAUGCAUAUUGCAAUUAAUCAGAUGGGCAUUGAAGACAUCAUGAGCGCCAUACAGUCGGCGUAUUGUGAUGGUAAGUCUAUUAUGGACAUCGGUCAGUUAUUUAUCUUCACGUGUGGAAUGUGUGGUCCAGCGGCUGAAAGAAUGUCAAAGCACAUGAUGGAUGUCAUAACAAGCGACAUGGAAAGCAAGCUGCUUUCUAUUUCAGACCAGGAGAUGAAUCUAUUUUCCACGCAUUAUUUAGCACAAACAAUUUUAUUGGGUGGCUUUAUUGAAAGGUUGGCGAAUAAACAGCCGUGCUUACAACUGACACUCACUCAUAUAGCACUUGAUGAUUUAAGAAUUCCUACCAAGGAAAUCGAUGCUUUAAAUACGUUAAUAGAUAUGAACAUCUCAAACAUCACAAGCAUGGAUGUACAAUUCCAUUACAAUUCUCAACAGGAAUUAGCAUUAAAUCGUGUACAGGAAAUUAUUUCGCAAUCGAGAGAAUCAUUGUCGUAUCUGCGGCUUCCGCUUGUAGGCUGGAUUCAAUCAGACCUACAAUUUGACCUACAGGGUCUUAAGCUCAAGAGCUUAUCAUGUCAUGGAGGUACCGUUUUAAGUAAUUUAGACUGCACCUAUAUGCGUUCGUGUUGUAUAUUAUCUCCAACACCAUUAUCAGAGAGGCGCAUCUUACAAUCGAUGUCCAUCACUGGUAAAAACAUUACACAUCUUGAGCUGGAUAUUGACCGUCUCUGUCCAAACCUUCCUAGUCUACACACGCUUAUAAUAUCUAAGACAAAUCUUGCGGUUACACUGCUGUACUAUCUUCCUGAAUCGAUCAGAAAGGUAGUUUAUCGAGCCAGCGAUGUUUCCGCUCAAGAUGUAAAGUCAAUGGUGGAAUAAUCAAAAUCACGGUACGCGUGUGUGCGUUUUGAAUUGUUAGACUGUCGUUUACCUGUCAUUGAGUCGGAUACUUGUAACUGGAUGAAACAGCAGGACGGCAUUGAUAUUACACAAUGUGAAUUCAAAGAUUAUGACUAUUAUAAAGAUCACUAUCGAAUUUCUAUUUCCUGGAGUACCAUUUUAUCAAAGUGACAAUUAUCAAACAAGUUGUCACAGAUUCAAGACGAAAGGAGAGUGACAUAACACUAAGCACGUAGACAACAUUACAAAUUUACAUUUUCUUCAUAAUUGGAAAUUUAUAAAACUAUACAGAAUUACAAACGCGAAAAGUGAAUAAUCUAAAUGUGCUCGUUUCUUUUUUUUGUGUUCUUUAAAUUUGGUGGCGAUGCUCAAUUCACUAAUAUAAAUCUUUAAAUGAUUUUGACUGAAGCUUGGACAAAAUGCAAAAACCGUAAACAACACCCUUAUAUGUUAAAUAAUUAGCUUUCGCUUUACUGUGUAAUUAUUAUCAAUCAUUCAUACAACAUCAUGAUGUAGCUAUACAUUCCAUUUGAAAAACGAGUGAAGAGUUUAUUGUAUACGAGUUUGUGUUUUGUCUCCGGUGCUUUGCAUCUCACGGAACACUGAUGUAUUCUAUUUCACUCGCCCUUCGAGAGUUUUAUAUGCCAUUGAAUUAUGUUAAAAUAAGUAUUUUUAAUAUAAUAUGUUUUCCAGUUAUUAAGUAACCUAUUCCACGAGACAAUAUAUUGUGCUGUUUUGUACAGAAUAUGCAAUAUAUAUAUAUAUAUAUAUAUAUAUAUAUAUAUAUAUAUAUAUAUAUAUAUAUAUAUAUAUAUAUAUACAUGCAUUAUAAUCCUCCCUCUAUAUGUUAACGACUCGUAUAAUUUAUGUUAUGUGUAAUCAUGUGUUAUUUAUGAAUGAAAAGAACGCACUAUACCUUCGGAGGAACUUCUAACUAUACAGUGCUGAAAUACAUUUGUAUCAUAAACGGCAGAUUAUUUCACAGUCAAUGUGAGGUUAAAUCUUGUAAUAUUCCAUAAAUUGUAUUUGAACGUGCUCACUCUUUUCAAUUAUCAAUAAAUCGCUGCACUUGUAAGGACUGACUAUUUUUUAUUUAAUUGUACAGAUGGUUUAAUUUAAGAUGAUAUUUUCCAAAUAAACCUUUUUUAUACUUCUCUUCACAGUUUCUGUUAAAUCUGUUUCCAAGUAAAUUUCAUGUCUGAGGUUGUUAUUGCACAUGAUUUGUGUAAUGAUAAAUUGUGACGUAUAUACUACACGUGCGUUUCGUCUUAGUCUUCGCCGCUUUCCUAGCGCGUCCUUGAUCCGACUAUGAUUUAAGGAAGUGGUUAAAAUAUAGCAUUGAAUAUUUUAAAAUCCUUUUCACAUUGCUGAGACCCUUCUUGCAAAUAUAUUAUUCAUCAAAUAAUAUACACUCAAGCAUUGGCUUACUAACGGGCUUUAAAGAGCAUAAUUAAUUCUAUGGACAUUUAAUGUAUUAAAUAAAAUGUGUGCAAACAGUG